AUGGGUUGCCCGCAUUCUAUGAAAGAGACGAAGGCGUUUACGUUGGAUAAAGGGGGGAAAAGCUCGUGGUUUGACUGUCACCGCAGAUUUCUACCAAAAAAUCAUCCGUAUAGAAAGAACAAGACAAAUUUCAUAAAAGACAAACAGGUAACAGAUAUGCCUCCGCCCCGAUUGUCACCAGGUGCUGUAUGGGACAAAGUUUGUGGGCUACCAAAAAUUACAGAUACUGGAAAGGCAUGUAGAAUUGAAGGAUAUGGGGUCGAUCACAAUUGGACAAAGAGAAGUAAAAUGCCACCCCGACUUAAUAAAGGUAAGGGUGUAGCUGAUGAUAGUGGUAAGAAGAAGCACCAACGCCCACGAUUAGUAGUAUGUCAGUCACCUCAGUUGGCCACGUGUCCUCCCCCGCGGAGUCAGCAGACUGGAGGAUCUAGUUUUCCACCUCCCACACAGACUAGUCCCACCCCACAUCCCCCACAUGUGCCCCCACAGGAUGAUGAUCAGGCGGAGGAUGAGACUGCGGAGGAUGAGACUGCGGAUGAUCAGUUGGAUGGGAGUGAUCUUCGAGGGGAUGAUGAUCCGAGUCAGAUUCAUAUCAUUGACGGGAGAUUUUUUAUUAGGCCCGAAGGAAGCUCAUUCACGCCGAGUCGGACUGCUGCCAAAGUUAUAAGUUAUAUAAUUCAGCAGAAUUAUAAAAAGCUUAUAAAGACUUUUAAAGAUGUUAAGGGCGAUGAUAGAGAUCAUUGGUUUGCGAAAUUUCAGGAAAAAUGUGUGUGGGAACCAAUGAAAGAGAGACAGAUUAAAAAAAAUUAUUAUGGCAGAACUGCAAGACGACUUUCUGACAUGCUACGACGUGUUAGAAAGCGUUGGGAACUUCAUGGCAUCCGUCCUAGUUGGAUAGGAGAAGAAAUCUUUCGGGAACUUCUUAAAUAUUGGGAGAGUGAUGAGUUUGCGGCCAAAUCUGAAAAUGCAAAGAAGAUGAGAGCAUCUGAAAAGGGUGGUUGCCUUAAUGCUGUUGGAAGUAUAAGCACUGCUGAGCAUGUUCGUCGCAUGACUAAGGAAUUAAAUAGACCUCCACUUAUGACCGAGCUGGUUGCGAGGACUCGGAAAAAGAAAACAGGAGCUUUUGUUGACAGUCGUACACAAAAAGCUAUGGAUGAUUAUCAGGCAUUGCUUGUACAAUUUCUGACUGCUAAUCCUAAGUAUACUCCAAGACCGGGAGAGCCGCUUCAUCCAGAUGUAGAUUUUUAUCUUUGGAGUAAAGUCAUUGGCGGCAAGGGGCCUAACGGGUGUUUUUUUGGUGGUGGAAAUUUGGCAGGCACCUUGAGAUCUGAUGAUAGAACUCUAUAUCAAAGAGUUCUCGACGGGGAAGGAGGUUCACGUCCUGUAACUUUAACAGAUGAACAGAGAGACACUGUAAGACAAUUGGCGAUAAAUGAGGUGAGGCGUGAGGCGGCGAAACGUGAAGCGACACUGAAAGCCCAAAUGGAGACCCAAAUGGAGGCCCAAAUGAGGGCAAUGCGGAGUGAGCAUCAGCGGGAAAUGGAGUGGCGUGAUAUUCACGUCACUACUGAGGCUUUUUUUGUAGUGUAA